AUGGCACAGUCACCUUUCUUCUUUUACACACCCGAACCGCACCCGGACAAGCGGCAGCAUGGCCACUUCGUUCCGCAACCGCAAGGACUCGUCACGCCUCAACACGCGGUGCAUGAGCCGAUGCAAUUCUGCCCCCCUCGGAUGCAAUUCCACCCUCCACCAUCGGCCGCCAGUUCUCCCGCUCAGCUGCAUCCGCCGAUGUACUCUCAGCAAGCGCUCAUGACGCCAGUCGCGUCGCCGCGCCCGCAAUCCCAAAAGCCGACGGUUCUCGUUCAGCAUGGCAGCCCGUAUCUUUUGCCAUUGGACACGGAUGUCUACGUGCCGUCGACCCCGCCGCUUUCAUCGUCUGGCAGCGCAGUGAGCAGCCCGCCGUCAACCUGUGAGGUGCUGCCGACACCGGUGCACCCAAUGUUCUUUGCAAAUGACGUUGUGGAGGGUAUCAAGAAAGGGUGCGAAGAAGAAGUGUUCUCCAACUCAUUAGCCAUUGCCGAAUGGCCGGAGUCCGCAUCUCCCCCACUGUCUCCUGUUUACAUGAAGCAGCCCCAAGGCGCCCAGGCACCCAACCCUCCACCCUAUCUUCUAACCGCCUCCGCCUGCCCAUCACUUUCUCCUUCUCCAUCUCCUCUCCCUCGUUCCAACUCCAUCAAUCCCAUCGAGGCCGACCCCAACUUUUGCGAUCCCCGCAAUCUCACCGUCCAAACUUCGGGUACCAAUGCCGAAUUUCCUCUACCAACUUUGUGCCCUGGAGACGAAGAGCACAAAUUGAUGCUCAACGGCGACGCGUUCGUGCCCGACCAGAAACCUACUACACCGGCCGAGUUCCUCAACAUCAGCCACAGCCAAUCGAGCGACCUCGAUGCUUCGUCAACCACACAGUUCCCGGAAUUCGAGCCACUUUUCGAGCUCGACAACGAAGACGACAUUAGUGGCCUGGUCCAAUUCCCGCCGACUGACAACGCGUAUUUCCUCGGCACCAAACGUCAACGGACCGAUCUCCUGCCUUUGACUCCUGAAGACGACAGUAUCAGUGGCGAAGACUCCAGCGAUUUCGACGAGGAGCUUGUCGCAUCCGGCCUCCUCACACCCUUCGACACCGAGUCAUCGUUUAGCUCGGACAUGUCUGGCGCUUCUCCCACGACUGAACGCAGGCACAGUGGAUCCAAGAAGUCUGACUCGGAAGCACCUAACGACAACGGUUCCCAUUCAUACCGUCAAGCCACUUCUCAAGAGCCCGAUAACCAACCAUCCUCCGCGCAAACUGACAUGGCUACCCCACCCAACGCAACUGGAGGUUCCCCUCCUGCGGAUUCUGCCAUCACGCCGUCAAGUGCCGCAGACACCCCUCUCGGACAACCUGCAUCUCGCCGUGGAAGGAAGCAGUCCCUCACCGACGAUCCAUCCAAAACUUUCGUCUGCACCCUAUGCUCCCGCCGCUUCCGUCGCCAGGAACACUUGAAGAGACACUACCGCUCCCUCCAUACUCACGACAAGCCCUUCGAGUGCACCGACUGUGGCAAGAAGUUCAGCCGCAGCGACAAUCUCAGCCAGCAUCAACGUACUCAUGGUGCCGGUGCCAUCACGCUCGGUGUUCACGAGUUGGGAGACAAUAUCGACUCUCCUCAUGGCAGCAUGAACAUGGGACCCGGGAUGAUGGCUCCAAUGCCUGAGGAUAUCCACGAUGGUUACAUGUCCGGAAGCUUGACACCGGACCCUCAACUUCUCGGCAGAAGACUGUACGAUGCCGCCGCGAUGGUCAACGGUGGGAUGGGCUCGAGCUCAUCCGAAGACGAGGGCAGCGGGGGAGAGAAGAAGAAUAAGAAGAGACGGAGGGAAGACUAA